AUUAUUCAUACAUCCCUUCAAAUUAAAAAUAUAAAAUAAAAUAAAUAAUUAAAAUAAAAAUAAAAAUAAAAUAAAUAUCAAAGUCCCAAUCACACACACACACACACACACACACACCAUCUCCAUUGUUUCUCUUCCCUACAAAAACCAAUUACCCUUCCUCUCACAAGUUCUUGUAACCAUAUUUGGUUUUGAACCAACAUAAAACUCGAGUCUUAUCGAGCAAAAAUAGAAAGAAAAAAAAAAGAAGUGUAAAACGAAAAAAAACGAAGAAAAACGAAAAAUGAGAGAAAUAGUUCAUAUUCAGGCAGGCCAAUGUGGCAACCAAAUUGGUGGCAAGUUUUGGGAGGUGGUUUGCGGCGAACAUGGUAUCGACGAAGUCGGAAACUACGCAGGCACUUCGAAUUUGCAGCUCGAGAGGGUCAAUGUUUACUACAACGAGGCUAGUGGCGGUAGGUACGUGCCUCGAGCUGUGCUGAUGGAUCUCGAGCCCGGUACUAUGGACAGCCUAAGAACCGGCCCGUUCGGCAAGAUUUUCCGGCCCGAUAAUUUUGUUUUCGGACAAAACGGGGCCGGAAAUAAUUGGGCCAAGGGGCAUUAUACCGAAGGAGCUGAGCUCAUCGAUUCUGUGCUCGAUGUUGUUCGUAAAGAAGCAGAGAACUGUGACUGUCUCCAAGGGUUUCAAAUAUGUCAUUCGCUCGGAGGAGGGACCGGAUCGGGGAUGGGAACUCUGCUGAUUUCGAAGAUCAGAGAAGAGUACCCUGAUAGGAUGAUGCUGACAUUCUCGGUUUUCCCUUCACCGAAGGUUUCCGACACAGUCGUUGAACCCUACAAUGCUACACUCUCGGUUCAUCAACUCGUUGAGAACGCAGAUGAAUGCAUGGUUCUUGACAACGAAGCCCUCUACGAUAUCUGCUUCCGCACGCUCAAGCUCACUAAUCCAAGUUUCGGCGAUCUGAACCAUCUGAUAUCAACGACGAUGAGCGGCGUCACGUGCUGCCUCCGCUUCCCCGGCCAGCUGAACUCCGACCUCCGCAAGCUCGCCGUGAACCUGAUCCCAUUCCCGCGCCUCCACUUCUUCAUGGUGGGGUUCGCGCCGCUAACCUCCCGCGGCUCGCAGCAGUACCGCGCGCUGACAAUCCCGGAGCUGACGCAGCAGAUGUGGGACGCAAAGAACAUGAUGUGCGCCGCCGACCCCCGCCACGGCCGGUACCUAACAGCCUCCGCCAUGUUCCGCGGCAAGAUGAGCACGAAGGAGGUCGACGAGCAGAUGAUCAACGUGCAGAACAAGAACUCGUCGUACUUCGUGGAGUGGAUCCCGAACAACGUGAAGUCCAGCGUCUGCGACGUGCCGCCGACGGGGCUGUCAAAGUCGUCGACGUUCGUCGGGAACUCGACGUCGAUACAGGAGAUGUUCCGGCGGGUGUCGGAGCAGUUCACGGUGAUGUUCAGGAGGAAGGCUUUCCUCCACUGGUACACCGGAGAAGGGAUGGACGAGAUGGAGUUCACGGAGGCCGAGAGCAAUAUGAACGAUCUGGUGUCGGAGUAUCAGCAGUACCAGGAUGCAAACGCUGAUAAUGAACAGGAGUAUGAUGAAGAAGAAGAACUCGAGAAUUAAAUAUUAUAAUAAAUAAUAUUAAUGCUGUAAUUUUUUUUUUUUUUUUUUUUUUGUUAUUAUUAUUGUGUGAGUGUUUUUUAUUUGUUUUUUUUUUUUUUUAUUGUUUUUUGUUGGGUUGGAUUUAAAUAUUUUUGUGUAUGUAUGUAUAUGCAUGAACGAAUGAAUAAUGGCUGUGAUUGAUUGAUUUCUAUUUGUACAUUUUGUUUGGGAAUUCUAUUUCACUACUUUGGUGAUUUAUUUUCAAAUGUUUUAUAAUAAUAUUUCGUGUAAA